AUGUGCUACUAUGGCGGCUACUACGGAGGCCUGGGCUAUGACUAUGGUGGCCUAGGCUGUGGCUAUGGUUGUGGCUAUGGCUGUGGCUAUGGUGGCUAUGGUGGCUAUGGUUAUGGCUGCUGCCGCCCACUGUGCUGUAGAAGGUACUGGUCCUGUGGCUUCUACUGA